AUGACUUUGCUCACAAGUAGGACAAACACAAUGGGCCUUCGUGGCUCAAAGCUACGAUUAGCCAUCACUUUGACAGCCGUUACAGGUUUCUCCUUGUUCGGUUACGAUCAAGGUUUGAUGUCCGGUAUUAUUACCGCUCCUCAAUUUUGGAAAGAAUUUCCAAGCGUUGCAGGUAAAGAUCAACAUGCAACAGUCGUUCAAGGUGCAGUAACUGCUUGUUAUGAAAUCGGUUGCUUCUUUGGUGCAGUUGGCGCUUUAUUCUGUGGUGACAAAACUGGUCGUCGUCCAAUCGUUCUUGUCGGUUCAGUUUUGUUGACUAUCGGUACAUUUAUCUCAAUCUUUGCUUUCGGUCCUCAUUUCGGUUUGGGUCAAUUCGUUAUCGGUCGUGUAAUCAGUGGUCUCGGUAACGGAAUGAACACUGCCACAAUUCCAGUUUGGCAAUCCGAAUUAUCCAAAGCUCAUAACCGUGGUUUAUUGGUCAGCUUUGAAGGUUCAGUUAUUGCUGUUGGUACCUUUGUUGCAUACUGGAUCGAUUUCGGAUGCAGUUACGAUGAAUCUUCUUUCUCAUGGCGUUUCCCUGUCGCAUUCCAAAUCGUAUUUGCCGUUGCAGUAUUCUUCGGAAUGCUCUACUUGCCUGAAUCUCCACGUUGGCUAAUCGGUCAAGGUCGUAUCGAAGAAGCAACUCACGUUUUGCGAGAAGUUGGCGGAGAUGGAGAAAAUGAAGAAGAAAUCAAAGCAGAAAUGAAA